AAAAAACAAAACAUACCCGCCCAGUGUCCCCGGGAUGAGGAGAGGACGGGAGGUGCAGCAGACGAGAACAGGGAAAUGAAGUCAGCCCCAGCAACUCUGUCUGUGUAACGACUAGCUGCGAGCUAAGUUAGGUGAAAGGAGGGGGGGUCACGAGUGGAGGCGAUUUACGUGAAAUAUCCACAGCUAUGAAGGUCGUCCGUGUGAGCAACUUGUAGCCACGAUAAGUCCCCGUCGGACAGCUCGCAGACACGGAUCUCUGAUAACGUUACAGUCGGUGUAAAAGUAACGUUAAUAAAGUGGAGAGACGACUCGCUAGCCGCUAACCUUUAGCCGAACAACCCGAGCCUCCUCCUGCGGCUUCAAAACUAAAAACUCGCCUUCAGCCUUCAGCCAUGCCUUUUCCAUUUGGGAAGUCUCAGAAGAGUCCGGCUGAGAUAGUGAGGAGUCUGAAGGAGAAUGUGGCGUACAUGGAGAAGCUGGACGCUGCGGACAGCAAAAAGUGUGAGAAGGUUGCAGAGGAGGCGUCCAAAAACCUGGCUUCACUGAAGGAGAUACUGAGCGGGACAGGUGACAAGGAGCCUCAGACCGAAGCGGUGGCUCAGCUGGCUCAGGAGCUGUACAACACCAACCUCCUCAUUUCCCUCAUCGCAAACCUGCAGAGGAUUGACUUCGAGGGGAAGAAGGAUGUGGUUCAUCUGUUUAGCAAUAUUGUGAGACGGCAGAUAGGCACUCGUACGCCCACGGUGGAAUACAUCUCUACACACCCACAGAUCCUCUUCAUGCUUCUGAAAGGAUAUGAGAGUGCAGAAGUGGCUCUGAACUGUGGAAUGAUGCUGAGAGAGUGCCUCCGUCACGAGCCGCUGGCACGCACCGUGCUCUUCUCGGAAGACUUCUACUGCUUCUUCCGUUACGUGGAGCUCUCGACCUUUGACAUCGCUUCAGACGCUUUCGCCUCCUUCAAGGAUCUGCUCACAAGACACAAGAUUAUGUGCGCAGACUUCCUGGAGAAUAAUUAUGACAGGGUGUUCACAGAGUACGAGAAGCUCCUGCAUUCUGACAACUACGUCACCAAACGACAGUCUUUGAAGCUACUUGGGGAGCUUCUCUUGGAUCGACACAACUUCACCGUCAUGACAAAAUACAUCAGCCGGGCCGAGAACUUGAAGCUGAUGAUGAACAUGCUCAGAGACAACAGCCGGAACAUCCAGUUUGAAGCAUUCCACGUCUUCAAGGUAUUCGUUGCGAACCCCAACAAAACUCAGCCCGUGCUGGACAUACUGCUGAAGAACCAGACCAAACUCGUGGAGUUCCUGAGCCACUUCCAGACCGACAGAUCAGAGGAUGAGCAGUUCUGUGACGAGAAGAACUAUCUGAUUAAGCAGAUCCGGGACCUGAAGAGGCCCACGGCACCGGAGGAAGCUUAAGGCGGCGUCAGGUGGUAGAUGAUAAUAAAAAAUAAAAAAAGGUGGUGGCUGGAGCUGCAGAGGGCUAAAAGAAAUGCUUGAUUAAGAUUUAAUAUUAACUACAAAAUAUAGGAAAAAAGGUAAAAUGACUUCCUUCACUUUCUGUUUUUUUUUUUUUUUGUUUAUAUUUUAUUUUUAGUGUGGAGGUGAUUUCCAUCCAGCAACCUGAGUGGGCCAAGAACUGUUAUUUAAACCAUAGUGCUUCUUCUUCUUCUUCUUCUUCUUCUUUAGUGAUAAUGAAAUGCAUUUAGUUUGUUCUCGUACACGUCGGACCUUUAAACUGUUACACUUCCACAUACUUUGUUGCUGGCUGAGACCUUUUUAGCAUGACGAAGAAGAAACGUCACCAACCCCAUUCACAGCCAACGUGAGCUCUGAGGUGUUCCUGAAAGUCUGAGUCUCAGAAAUGUGUCUAUAUUUUAGAGAUUUAAAAAAAGCAGAGGAAGAGGUAAAUAUAUUAUUUUUCUAAUGUAUCUUCAUGGUAAACAGUUUAAAACAUACAGUAACUCUUCUCUCUGAACAUUGUUUAGUCAAACUAAUUGCAUAGCUUUGGGUUUUUUUGUUUUUUUUUGCCUUAUUGUAAGCUGUUGUGUUGUACAGGGACUUAAAUGAUCUUUAGAAAUACGGCUUUGGCAGAGUGAUGUAUGGAUCGUAUCGGCCGGGUCAGCACAUAGUAAUUUUUGGUGAUUUAAUGUGUCGUUGUUAGGCCUUUGGUUGCAUGUGUUGGGUUACAGAGGUCAGAAAUGAUCCUGCUGCGCUGUACUUGCAAGUGCAUUAGCUGGCACAGGAAGCGAAAAUCAAAACCAUAGAGGAAUCAAUUAAUUGUGCUGUGAUUUUUUUUGAGGCUGUGCUCGGCGAGGCUUACAUGACUGAAAUAGAAACAAGGCAUCAGAUAAUGCUGCAGGGUACCAGCCAUCCACUCACCUCUAACAUGGACAGCCAGGAUAUACCGAUUGAUCUGACUGGGAGCACUCCAUUUCAUCCUCACAUACUGAGCGCAGAUAGCGAUGAUUCAUUUAAAAGCAAUGAUUCAACUAACAAUUAAUUCGUGAGGUUUUUAAACUACUUGAUGUAUGCCAUCGUAGGCAUUUCUCCUUUUUACAGCAUACGCACUGCAUAACAAGAAAUAAUAUUGCAGUUUACACGGAGGCGUUGCCUGUAGGAUGCAUCAUGAGCACGUUACACUGUAGAUGUUCAUAUAAGAGCAUGAUGUGAUAUUUAAGAGACUUUAUACUAACUCGGAUUAAGGGUUGCUCUUUCUUGAAUAAUUUUUUCUUCAUCGUUUGAUAUAGUUUGAACAUCAGGCGGCACAGCAAAGGUUCGAACCUUUUCUGUUUGCAUCUUCUCCCCGUGUCUGCGUGGGUUCUACUCCAAGCUUCCUCCCCACGGUGCAAAGACAUGCACUUGAUAGAUUAAUUGGUGACUCUAAAUUGCCCGUUGUUUGUCUCUGUGUGCCCCGACUCUCACCCAAAGUCAGCUGGGAUAGACUCCAGCUCCCGCUUUGACCCUGAUGAGGAUAAGAGGUGACCUUCAUCUAGCUGCCAUCCUUUUAACACCAAAGAAUAAGAAAACAGGGUGGCAGAUGCUCAAACAUAAACACACACAGGGUUUUUAAACGUCAUUAUUGUGUCUCAGGUAAAUAGAAAACAGUGCAACGUGCCUGUGAUGCAUCGGAAAGCAACGCCCUAUCGGAUAAUAACCACAUGCACUGUUGAAACAUGAAUGAGUUUGUUUUGAAUGAUGAGCACUGAAUUUAUUGAGUUCCUCGCAUGCAUCACUGAUUAGUAAUAUUUCUUUAAAAGACUUUCUGUUGGAAUAAUUGCCUUACUUCUUUUUGCCGUUGUCACUGCGAUGGCAUAUUAGGGACUUCAAGAAAUAUGUUGUCUGUUCGUGCAGUCUUCUAGUAUAUACCUCAUGGGAUUUGAGUUUGCAAGUGCUGUGUUCUCUUUCCUUUUCCUUCCUAGAUAAGAUAUUUUAUUUGACAGUUUAAAAAAACAAAACACACACACACACAACAGUGGUUUGUAUGCAUACCGGGAAAAACUUGCUAUAUAUAUGUUCAAACUUGAACAGGGACUGCGACCUGGUUUUCACAAUGGGGAAAACUAGAUUUUUAAACUGAGAUAUUUCAUCGGCUGGUGCCGCACUCACGUUAAUUCAUAAUGAAUUGCAGUGCGGGCGCCUUGUAAUGAACGUUGCCUUAUUUAAAGACAUUUAAUGGAUCGUUAUGAUCAUGUAUAAAUUCCAGACCUCUUAAUUUGUUUUUAAACCAAAGUCGACAUGAAAAAGGGUUAAAGAAAAUGUACAUUUCAGGUCCCAUAUACAUCACUAGGUUUAUCAUCAACUGCAUUAUGCUCUAAUGCGAUCCUGUGAGUGUAAAUAUAUAUAACAAUAGCGAUCAAUAGACUACGCUCUGUAGUUUUUCAUCGUCACAAGGCCGACAUCUUGCCUCUUUAUCCAUGAGAUAAUUUGGGAAAUCUGCUGUGAAUGUGGUACAUUAAACAGACUGAAGUCCUGCACACGGUGCACUGUCAUGUACUCAGAUUAUGAAAGAAAGUUUCUUUUAAAGAAAUCCUGAUGUUGAUCAACUCCUUUCUGGUUAUUUAUUAUGAAGUGGACUUAACCCACGUAGACAGAAAUCGUUAUUAAUAUCUAAAAUUCAUCAAAAGUCCCAAAUAUUCUUGAUUUUGGUGUUUUUAAAUGCUCAUGCAAACUUUCUUGAAAUUUGAGUGCAGUCAUGACGUGCAUGUUGGGGAGGACAUGCUGUACACAGUCGUCCCAUCAGAGGGAGCUGUUGGCAAACAACUUUUUCUUUUUUUCUUUUUUUUUCCAUCAGUUGUAAAAACAAAACAUUUCUAUAACCCUACCUCUAAACAUGACGUUCACUGGCAAUAUUAUGUAGACAUCGACACAAAUUCCUUUAAGAUCAAUAUUAUAUAUUUCAUGCAUCGAGUUUUCUGUUUAUUUGUUGUGCUUUACUUUUUUUACUGUUGCCUUUUUCUCCCCCUUCCCCUCUUCUUCUUCUACUUCUUCUCUUCUUUCCAAACUCUGGAUAUUUUCUUUAUUUACCAUGGGAGCGAAUUAUGUGUACAUAACUUUAUAAAGGAUAAAAGUGUGAAAAGCAUUCAUGAAAAUAAAACUUUACGGCAAUUUA